AUGCAAAUAGUAAAGGCAAACGCAGGUGCACUUACCAACUUCGAAGUUCUUGACUUUCUAAACUCAAGAGGUGCAUCGAAUGAUACUGCAAGAGUUAUAGGUCCAAAUCCAAUUGCUAAAUCAGAGAUCAAGGUUUAUGAUUAUUUGAUGGAGACUGCUGCUUCCACUCAAACAAGAGAAGGGGUUAACGAGUUCGCUGAAAAGUGUAAAGAUUUCAAUGUGGCGAAAGCUGAGAUUCUCAGUAUGAUCAAUCUCCGGCCGUCUAAUAUUAUCAUAGAGAGGAAGGAAGAAGAAGACAAGCUUAAAGCUCGGGGAAUCGACUCAAAUGAUGAUGAUGAUGUCUCUUCUCUACCAAGUCUCAUGAUCAUAGAGAAGAAGCCCGAUGAUGAGGAUAGAGAAACCAACCUUGAAACUCGGGGAAUCGACUCAGAUGGCGAUGAUGAUGAUGAUGUAUCUUCUCUACCAAGUCUCAUGAUCAUAGAGAAGAAGCCCGAUGAUGAUAAAGAAACCAACCUUGAAACUCGGGGAAUCGACUCAGAUGAUAUCAUAGAGAGGAAGCCCGAUGAUUAUGAUAGAAAAAAAAACCUUGAAACUCGGGGAAUGGACUCAGAUGGGAUACUAGAGCUCGUGCAGGAUUUGCUAAUGCCUCCUCCUACUACUGACCAAGAAAAUGACCAAGAGGAAACAGAGAAGGGUGAAGAAUCGUAA